AUGACUGAUUUUUCCGGCGGGCUUAGCAAACAUGGCGAACAUCUGAGUCGUGGAAAUACCACUCGACUCGACAAUUCAGCCACGCCUCCUUUUUCUACGUUUCACCACCAACAUCGCGAUAGCACUUCAACGUCGGCAUCAGACUCUACCGAUUCGUCUCCAACCACAACUAUAUCCACUGUGGACUCCGCCAGCAUGACAGACCCUUCUCCCGGCCCGUCGCCGGAAUCACCCGCCGGUAAACACUCCUCAUCUUCGUUUGUGCCCGACCUGAGAUCUCGCCACAUGCCCUCGAACGGCGACACGGUACAAACUCCAUUUUUUGAGCUGCAAAGACCAAUGACUCCAGCUAAGAAGCCGAGGAACCUGAAAGGCCUCGCGGUCAAUACUUCAAGCGCACUUUCACUGAAUCGACCCGCAACGUCCGGCCACGUUAGUACAGUAGCCAGACAUGAGGCUGCAACUUCGGCACCGGCAUCUCCUUCCUUCGUAAAGCCUCCCACGCCCCCACGGAGGAUGAAGCCUGCAGCUCUAGCUUUGAGUCUUCAAACUCCCGCGAACACUGGUCUCCCAACGCGCCUGGCCAUUCCUCCGACCCCAUCGUUCCAACGAGUCCCUUCUCUCAGGCAUUUUCAAUCGUCCCCACAGCUCCCAUUAAUGUCUCCUAGCAUCGCCCCGGAUGGAGGUAUGCAAUUUCCCCCUCUGCGUCCCUUCAAACCAUCGCCCCACGGCUUCGCAGAAGUGCCAAUCGAGAAUGAAGAAGAGGAACAGGAGCCAAACUUUGAUAUUCCCCAAUCGCGAGAGGAGAAGCCAGCCUCAUAUCCUAAUGGUCCUAUUUGCAUUUACGAAUCUGGUGUCUAUCUUUACUACGAGCCGACUGCGGAGCAGGCGUCAAAAUACGACGUUAUCCUUAAUGUUGCAAGCGAGGUUAAGAAUCCAUUCUCCGCCACCAUAGAUGAAGCUCAAAGAGCUUCCAAUCUGGUAAUGGACGAAUAUCGAUGUCAAUCCGAGCCUGUGUCGAGUGUGGGACCUAUAGCAGCAGACUUUACCAUUCUGGGACUGGCCGGCGCAACCGCGAAAGAUGACGGCAAGGCCGAACAAUCUAACACACCAACAACGCCAAAGGCUAGCGAGGCAAACUUGUCAGAUAGCCUCCUGCGACUGCCUGAGGUCAUUUCUCGACCAUUGACGUCUAAUAGACCUGAAUAUAUUCACAUCCCGUGGGAGCACAAUACCGAUCUCGUGCCCGACCUCUAUAAACUAGUCAAGAUUAUUGAGGAUCGAGUACAGCGACGGAAGCAUGUCCUGGUGCACUGUCAAUGUGGCGUCAGCCGAUCAGCUACUUUGAUUGUUGCCUAUGGUCUUUACAAGAACCCUGGAAUCUCGGUACAGGAGGCCUAUGAUGCAGUCAAAAAAAGAAGCAAGUGGAUAGGCCCGAACAUGAACCUCAUCAUGCAACUCCAAGAGUUUAGAAACGGUCUUAUAAGAGCGAAUACCGAUCGUGCCUUCCAUCAACAAAUAUUUGGUUCUUCUUUGCGGGCUUUCUCGCCUGUCUUUCGUAAGAAUUCUCCUUUUCCGCGUGAGGAGGCUCCAGCAUCUGGUUCACGUACCCCGCGAACGGCACCGUUACCUCCGGAUAUUGGUCUUGAGACGUUGUCCCAAAGGGCCAGUACGGGUAAUAUGGAGGCUAUAUCACCCGGUCCGCUCACAGCACCCUCAAAUCUUUGGUCGCCAGGAUUCAGACACUCAUGGAAUUCGAGUAGUCCCACCGCUUAUACAUCAAAUCCCAUAGAAAGUGCUACUGGUCCCUCCGCGGAAGCGCAAUUUAGUACCCCGCUGCCAGGCGGAGAUAACGACAACAGGCAAGCAAAGGAGCCAAGCCUCGGAUCACAGGUCGUUGUCGUACAACCGCCACCUCGCCAGUCCUAUAUAAAUGGACGGUCCCCACCGCGAGUGCCAAAUUUCUCGAGACCAGUACUUCAUCUACCAUUAAACGAGAACGAUGAGACGUCCGGCGUAUCCCCACCUCCUGCACCUAUGUUCUCUCCGCGUUCAGAAGAAUUCCACAUGGUCAGCGUAUCCCGGCAAGAGCCUGAAGAUGCAUUUGGCAUCCUGUCCCCAGUGACUACAUUCACCCGGCAUGCUGAGCACUCCAAUCAGUCCCGAACGCCAGCUCGGUCUGACCCAUCCUAUCAUUUGAUGUCUCCCGGUAUUAAUGGAGCCUUUCCCGUUGAUCCCUUUGGUCGUAGAGAGGAACCUGAUUCAACAAAUAUCUGUUCUCCACGUGCUACCGAAUUUCAUAUGACCGCUUUGAAACAUACUGCUCCGCACGUUGACGACUCUUUUGGCCUGACAUCGCCAAGGAAUGGAGACUUCAGACCCGUCAAAAUCGAAGCAUCGACCUCCUUUUACAAUCGCAAUCAAUCGAAACGAGAACCACGUACGGAUCUGCCACAGCGAGUGCAUUCACUUUCGCCCUCGCAGUCGUCAGGUGUGAUACAAGCAGCCGCAGGAUAUCAAUAUCCUGAUAUUAACCACUACAUGGAUGUCUCAAUCGAUCCUCGGAACCCUCGGAGCAAAUUUGAGUCUGUCAGUAGCACGCCGACCUCUAAACAAACGCAUCCGAGCCCAUCUUCUGAGCUGCCAGGAACGCGAUCAGAACCGCAAUCAGAAUACUCUAGGAAUGCAAAUAGGUUAAGCGGCUUUCACUUCCCCUUGUUACCGCCAAUACCCCAAGACAAGACUCCAUUACAGGCUCCAUCAAACAAGCGGAAACUAAGGACUCGAUUUUCAUCCCCUAACCUGAGUCAACAGAUCAAGAUUCAUAAGAUUCAAACCGAAAUCGAGGCACGACUACCGAACCGCAGUGCACAAGCCCAAGAUGACCUGGAUGCGCUCAUGUCACCUCGUGCUACGGAAUUUACGAAGAAUCCGUUUCACGAAGACCUGAGAGCUAAAGUAGAACCUAUCGGUCAAAUCCCCCCUGCUGUGCAUGGGUUCAGCGUACCAGAACUAUCAGAUUUGAAAAAGGACGAUCCUCGGAGCCCGGCGCACAAGGGCAGUAGUCCUAUCGUUCGGAACAUCUGGGACGUACUCUGA